AUGAUGAACCAUGCGGAUGAAUAUCCUGGUCGGAUGUUCUUCGGGUGCAAGGAUUACAAGCUCGGCCCCCCUCAUCUGGUGAAGUGGUGGGACGAGGCUAUGAUGGAGGAGUUCGAAGAAGUAAGAUGUACCAUGGAGAACCAGGGAGCACGCCUCACUGAAGCUCAAAAUGCAGAUCGUGAAGACCUUACGCGGAAUGAGGCAUAA